AUGUCUCAUUCUAUCAGAGGGAUUUUAGUGCUUUUAGUUCUAGCAGGAUUAGGAAGUCUGGGGAGAGUUGGAGAGGGUGCUGAAGACAGAGUGACUCAUGACUACUUCAAAUACCACACCAUGGACCAGAUCACUGGAUGGAUGGAGCAGCUGGAGAAAGACCACCAGGGUCUCGUCACCAUCAUUCCCUAUGGGCAGACAUAUGAGAAUCGAACCAUUAAACUUCUGAAGAUUAGCCAGGGAUCUGGGAAGAAAAAAGCCAUCUGGAUGGACUGUGGCAUCCAUGCCCGAGAAUGGAUCUCCCCAGCUUUCUGCCAGUACUUUGUCAAACAGAUUCUGGACACAUACCAGACAGAUGAGAAAAUGAAACAGAUACUCAGCAACAUGGACUUCUUCAUCACACCUGUCCUAAACAUGGAUGGCUAUAUCCACACGUGGUUCAGUGAAGAUACCCGACUGUGGAGGAAAUCUAGAUCACCGGGCAACUGUGGAGACUCCUGUAUGGGCACUGAUCUUAACCGCAACUUUGCUGCCAAUUGGGGGACGGUGGGUAUCUCGAGAAACUGUUGCUCAGAAGUGUACAAUGGUGCCAAAGAGCUCUCCGAGAGCGAAGCGCAGGCAGUCACAGACUUUGUGCUGCAGAAUAGAAACGAGAUCGUGUGCUUCCUCACCAUCCACUCCUAUGGCCAGUUGAUUCUGCUGCCCUUCGGACACCCCAACAUCUCGGCCCCCAACAUCGAUGAACUGAUGUCUGUGGGAACUGCUGCUGCUGAUGCCAUCUUCAAAGUCCACGAGAAAAAGUACACCGUGGGCACCUCCCCCAAUGUUCUCUAUCCAAACUCUGGCUCCUCUCGAGACUGGGCCCGCCUGAUCGGUAUCCCCUACUCCUUCACCUUCGAGCUCAGGGACGAGGGUCAGUUCGGCUUCAAACUCCCCGAGGACCAGAUUCAGCCCACCUGUGAGGAGGCCUAUGAGGGAGCUCGCUCCAUCGUCACCUACGUCCACGACAAGACCUUCAACAUUCCAAGUGCUGCCUCCACUCUAAUAGCUACAUUAUGGAUGGUCUUGCUUGCUUUAUGCCUGACUGGCACCCCCUUGCUAUAAAG